UGAGCCCGGCCGAGCCUGCUGUUGCCGCUCCUUCCUCUCCCGGCGGCACAGCCCUCCUCAGGGAGGCGGCCGGCGGGAGCAGCUCCGUGCCGAUGCUGCUGCCGGCCUGGGAGCUGUGCCUCUACGGGCUGCUGACCGUGGGCUCCCACCUCUACGCUUUCUACGAGGCGCACCAAGUGUCCCGAAAGUAUGAAGCUGCAAUGGACAGAAGGUUUGGGCUGGACCCAGGGACUCUCUUUCGGGGGCUAAAAAAGGACCCCAUGGACUUUGAGUGGAGCUACUGGGUUGAAUGGGGAAGGGAACGUCUUCUUUGGCUUCUGGCUGGUCACCUGCUGGUAUCACAGAUCUCCAGGCUCUUGGUGGAGAAGUAUAAACCAUGGUGCUUGAUGGUUUAUGGAAUGGCUGCCUGCUGGUUGUUACUGGGAAUCAAGGGCUUUGCUGUCAUUUUGUUACAUGCAGCUAUUUCCUUUGCUGUGGCUCAGUUUCAGCUGUCACUCCUGACAUGGUUGUGCUCCCUUAUCCUUCUGGCCACUUUACGCAUACCUGCCGUGGAAGAAACCAAGAGAAGGUGGUACGACACUGAAAACGAGUAUUAUCUGCUGCUCUUCACCGUGUCUGUCCGCUGCCUGUUCUGCACCAGCUUCAGCCUGGAGUACUGCUGGCAUGCACCCAGCCAGAAGUCAUCCCACUCCUUCCCCUGGAUGCUGGCUUAUGUGUUUUAUUAUCCUACAUUCCACAAUGGACCCCUCGUCAAUUUUGAUGAAUUCAGUAAACAGAUGAGAAGACAAGAAGCUUUCAGUGUGAAGACCAAUCUCAUCAUCUUAAUUGCGGGCAUAAUUCGUAUUUUCUUUUGGUGGUGCCUGGCUGAGCUGAUGAUUCACCUCAUGUAUAUCCAUGCUCUCUACAGUAGUGCUCUGCCUUUGGAAUCUGCAUCUUACUGGGCCUUGGGUGGCCUGGCUUUAGCUCAGGUUCUUUUUUUUUAUGUGAAAUAUCUGGUUCUGUAUGGUGUUCCUGGCCUCCUCCUUCAAAUGGAUGGACUCAAACCUCCAGCUCUGCCUUGCUGUGUGAGCCUGAUGCACAGUUUCACUAAAAUGUGGAGAAGUUUUGACGUUGGGCUGCAUCGCUUUCUGGUCAGGUACAUUUAUGUUCCAAUGGGAGGAUCUCAGUCCAGUUUGCUUGGAACACUGUUAUCUACAGCCCUCACUUUUGCCUUUGUGAGCUACUGGCACGGAGGUCAGAGUUAUCUGUGGUACUGGGGUGCACUUAAUUGGCUUGGAGUAAUUGUGGAGAAUGGCACCAAGAGGAUACUUUCCAUUUCACUUAUUCAAGAUUUAAUUGAACGUUUCUUCUCGCCAAGAUUUCGUCGUCGACUUCAUGCUGUCCUAGCAUCUGUUAGCACUUCAAUGCUGAUUUUAUCAAAUCUAAUAUUUCUUGGAGGAAAUCAAGUUGGAAAAAUCUACUGGAACAGGAUCUUUAUGGAAGGCUGGCCAUGGGCGACACUGACUGUCCUUGGGUUCCUGUACUGCUAUGCUCAUGUUGGAAUUGAGUGGGAGCAGAAGUGUGCUGCACACUAGGAAUGAUGCAAACCAUUGUUCUUGAGGCAGGUUGAUGGUUUUUCUACACUGGAUAUUCUAUCUGCACAAGGCUGAGCCAGACCAAAUCUUCAGCCUAGGUAUUAAAACCAAGAGCUCAUGUAAUUGAUUCUGGAUUGCAAAUGCGGGAAUUGAACUGCAGAAACACUGAUGGGCUGCAGCAGGGGGUGGGGAGAAAUUAUGAAGCAUUUUGACUUAUGUUUUUUUUGUAAAACAGCAUCUUUGUGACUCUGUGUACAUCAGAAGUGUGCAUCUCAGAACAGGAAUUUUAUAUAUGUUGGGGUUGUUCUCAUGUUUUGCUGCUCAUUUUGAGAUAUGAAGAAAAAAAAUUUCUACCUUGGAGAAUUCAAAAAGCCCAGUCUCUCACAGAUGGGGUCCAGGGGCAUGUAGGGCUGUGCCCUGCACUUACACUACUCCAUGAAGGGCAAGAUGCUCAUCAGUUCUUCUUGACUGCUUUCCAAUAUAAGCUAGAACAUUCUGCAUUCUCACUGACUGGAGUAGUUCUGCCUUAAGCUGCUUUGCCACCUACUGUAGCAAAGCCUGCUUUUUCUUUUUAAUGUCUUCUUUUAAAAUUUUGCCUUUAAAAUAGCACCUUUUUGGUAACCUUAGAAAUGGUUUUGUUUCUUAAAAAAGAGAGAAUAGGAAGCAAGGUCUUUGCUUAAGGAACAGUUUUCCUUUUUAAUCAAAUAAUCUUAAUCUUUUAAUCUUAAAGCUCCUUGGACUUUAGAUGCUCUCUGCCUUGUCUUAGAGCUAAAGCAUUAAACACUACCUUUAUUUUGGGGCUAGUACCACCUUCAGACUGUUCAGUCUGCCUCUUGUACUGCUCUGUUACAAAAGGAGAUAUCUCCAGUCUGCUUUAAUGGUAAAUCUGUUCAGUCUGCUUCAUUCUCUGGUGUCCAAGCAAUCAGCUCCUGCAAUGUAUUGCAGACACCCUGGGAGGAACUUUUUAAGGCCUUUAGAAAAAAACAGAAUGGUCCAAUACAGUGGCCUCAGAUUAGCUGGAGCUCCAUGUCCUUUGGCCACACAGACCUGUUACAGCAGCAUCUUUGCCCAGGGAUUGUGCUGAGAGGUGAGAGCAUCCCUCCAGAGCUGGGCAGGUCACACCUGCAGGUGUCCAGCUUGCAGGAGGGCACAUACGCUGUUUUCUAUGGGGAGACCCUUCCCUGACUGAUACUAUGGGUGUCUCCUACACUGUUCUGUUUUAAACUGAUACUGAAGAGCAGCCAGAAGACCUUUAGUCUUUCUAAAGUUAGACAUUCCCCCUAGGCAUGGUCAAAAGGCCACAAGUUCUGGAGUAGACUUCUUCCAAAAGCAGCUUCCUCCACCCAAAGCAUGUCAAAACUUGUUCCAUGCCCCUGGCAGACAUUUCAGCCUGUUGGGAAUUAGUGUCCUACUGUCCAUCACUCCUGCAGCUUCAGCCAAGUCUGAUAUAAUUUAUCCCUUCAACAAGAAAUUCAGUUCCUGAGACAGGCUUCUGCUUAUUGCCUGCAUUUCUGAUGCCUCUGAUGCUCACAGCUGUGGCAGCCUUCUUGUUACCUUCCAUUUAUUCCUGAAGAAAUAAGGGCAGAGCCUUCAGCUCUA